GGAAUCCAGUUGCUUUGCAUUUCUUUUUGCAUAUAAACGUCAACUUGUACUUCCUUCUUCUCUUCCAACCUCCUAGACAAAACGUCAUUUCACUUCUCUCCCCCUCCUCGCCGAUCCCUUUCAAUUAACCAAAAAAACAAAGUUACACUCAAAGUCUCAAACGGAGUGAGCGACCCUUUACAUUACUCUCCCACGCGUCGCUAUCCCUACAACUACAACAACCACUACUAUUCAAAAUGGCGAUGCCUUGGAUCUACGCUGUGCGCCUCGUACAGAUCCUCUUCGGCCUGAUCGUGGUCGCUUUGACCGCCUAUGUAAUCAGCACCUUUUCCUACUGGUGGUCUUUCUCCGACACAGUAAACUUCCUCCUCUUCCUCGGCUGCUGGACCACCUUCGUCGCAACACCCUACCUCCUCGCCGCACCAAUCUACUUCCCGCGCCUGGCGCAUCGCUUCGUGAUUCCCGCCGUCGAGGUGAUUACUAUGAUCUUCUGGUUUGCGGGCUUUAUCGCGAUUGCGGCGCAGUUGCCGGCACCCGCGUAUUGUACCUGGAGUGGAUGUCGGGCUUUGCAGGCUGUUGCUGUGUUUGGGGCUUUUGAGUGGGUUCUGUUCGUUGUGACGACUUAUUUUGCUGUUAUCGAUCUUAAGGAGCGCAGGCAUAGCGGGGAGAGUGCGCAAAAGACUCCGCAUAAUGCCCAUCUGGGUGUUUAAUGGGGUGGUUGGGGAUCGAGAGUUGGGUUGUUGAGGUAGCUUGAUGAAGAUGAAGAGAUCAAGAUUACGCUAGCUCGUUCUGGGUUGGCCAUGUCUAGUCGGAGGAUGUUUUUUAUACAGCGCGGUUUCUUUCUUUUUUCUCCACGAUACCCCUCGAGGCUGUUGUUUCUUUUUUGCUUUUCUUUCUUGGAUGUUAUGAGAGAUGCAGCGAUCAUGUCUAUGAAUAGUCUUACGUUGCGCGAUGAUGACCUUGUGCAUAACAUUAAUAUUCCAUAUUCAAAGAUCAACUACUUUAUCUGA